AUGGACCCCGCCGUGGAGCGCCUCAAGACCGGCUUCGAGAAGUUCAAGACCGAGGUCUACGACCAGAAGCCGGAUCUCUUCGAGCCCCUCAAGGCCCACCAGUCACCCAAGUACAUGGUGUUCGCGUGCGCUGACUCACGCGUGUGCCCGUCGGUGACCCUGGGUCUGGAGCCUGGUGAGGCCUUCACGGUCCGCAACAUCGCUGCCAUGGUCCCGUGCUACUGCAAGAACAAGCACACUGGUGUCGGGUCGGCCAUCGAGUACGCCGUCUGCGCCCUCAAGGUUGAGGUCAUCGUGGUGAUCGGCCACAGCCGCUGUGGCGGGAUCAAGGCCCUGCUCAACCUCAAGGAUGGCGCCGACGACACCUUCCACUUCGUCGAGGACUGGGUGAGGAUCGGGUUCCCAGCCAGGAAGAAGGUCAAGGAUGAGUGCUCAGAAAUGUCUCCCGAGGAGCAGUGCGGCGUCUUGGAAAAGGAGGCCGUCAACGUGUCCCUCCAGAAUCUGAACACCUACCCGUUCGUCAAGGAGGCUGUGGCCAACGGAACCCUCAAGCUGGUCGGCGGCCACUACGACUUUGUCUCCGGCAAGUUCGACACAUGGGCGCUGUAA